UCCAUUCUAUCUUGUUUGCGCCAUCAAUAUAGGCAAAUGGGAGAUAACAAUUUUGCAAACAUGCAUUUCCAUUUAGUUUCUUGUAAAUGCUAAUCUCCGGAAAAAAAAUGUGGUAUCGUUUAAUACCAUUUCUAUUGCAAAGUAUGUUAAUCAAUUUUAUGGUUAAGAACUCAGAAAAUUUGAUUUUUAAUAAUACCUCUAAUGAAAAUCCAACAUGCAUUAAGUGCCAGGGAGCAUAAGUUUUGACAAUCUACAACGUUUCAUCCUUAUUUGAUUUCGCCAUUUUCCGGUUGUGACGGUACUGAUUGUUGAUGACCGAAGAAUGCCGAAGUAACAGACGAGAAUACGGAACCGCACGGAAAUUGCCGAUUGUCCUACUAAGUUUCGUUCAUGAACGAUUCUGUUAUUCUUUCUACAGAACCAUCGAAAUUGAGGGUAAAACAGUGAAGUUUGACGUGCAUGAGUUUAGGGUCCCUUUACCUGCCGCUGAGGCUGCAUCAGUUUAUGGUCAGAGACCACCAAUUCAAAAAAGUACAGAGAACUUACUGGGAAUGAGAUUAUACUUCAGGAAUAUUGCCGGGGCUAUGUUGGUGUAUGACGUCACCAAACGUUCAACAUUUGAACACGUAGAGUAUUGGCGGAAACAAGUGCGUGAAUACGCAGGGUACCAUUCUAACGUUCCAAUAUUGUUGGUAGGAACCAAGUGUGAUUUACAAAACCAGAUUGAGGUGACUAUGGAGGAAGCUUGUAUUUACGCAGGGAAGAACUCUAUGUCAUUUAUCGAAACCUCUGCACGAAAUUCAACGAACGUUAACACAGCAUUCGAAAAUUUAUUCAAAGGUACAGAUAAAGUAGGUUCACUGUUCAAAAGAUGUAGACGAUUGUUCCUUCUUUGGGAGAUCGAGAAUAGACAUAUCGAAUACAAGAAUCUGUGGAAUUAUUUGAAAGAAUUAUCAACAACAUGCUCAUGCUAAAAGAUGUGUCUUUUUAUGGGUAUAACAGUACAGCAAGACAUUGGUUUUAAUACGAGCGCAGUGCAGUACCAGGCCUUUAACUUCCAAGUAUGACCUUGACCUAGUGACCUUGGUAGUUCGUUUUGCAUGUUGUCUUGAUGAGGUUAACCAUUGAUGCGUUUUAUGAAAAUCUUCCCUGAGGUAAGGAAGAUAAGGAGCAGACACAGACGGAGAGAUGGGCGGACAGAUGAAGGGACCAAAAGACAUGUGACUCAUUUACUUUGUAUCUGUUAUAAGGAAAUCUAAUAUCAAAUGUUAAACUAGAUGUGUUUUCUUAAGCUAUGGCAUUUCAAGUAUUUCUUUGAUUUGACCUUUGUUAACAUUUUUCUGAUUUGUUCUAGUGACCUAUUUUUUUACCCAAGAUGACAAAGUUUCAUCUUCACCUGACUUUAUAAAGACAAACAUUCUGAGCACAUUUCAUACGGAUCAGGCAGAAAAUGUUCACUU